GGGAGGACUGUGAAGCAGAGAGAGGGAUCAUCCAGUGUACCAAGAUUUCACUGAAUUGAUUUAUUUGAAACCCCAUCGUUUGCAGGUUAGAUUGUAAAUGUGGGUUUAAAGUGUGCUCACGUGCUCAGGGGACAAAAAGGCGCGCGCUCUUGACACGGAGUUUUUACUGGAGAAUUAAGUGACAUCUCGUGCGUUUGCUGUCACUCCAUUGUUGGCAUCUUCUCAGCUCCCCUAGAGGCUCAUGGGAAAAAAGUCUACUAAGGGGCCGGACCUUGGAGCCACUCUAGGAGCAAGGAGGGACAACUUUACAACCGCUGUGCACAUUACAGUUUAUCUCUACAUGGCAGCUUCAUCUGAGUAAACAGCAGUGGUUUAUCAGCUUAUUUUAAGGCACUGUGGAGUUCCGUGUGCAGCUAUGGUCCUUUUGUUGGUGCUUUCAACUCUGACCUUUCACCCAGCAUCACCAUGCUCGACACACCCUCUGUCUUCUACAUCAUCCUGGAGCUUCUGAUUGCAGUUUUGUCCGUUCUGGGAAAUGUGCUGGUUUGCUGGGCCGUGGGUCUCAACUCCAACCUGCAGACCAUCACCAACUUCUUCGUGGUGUCCCUGGCAGUGGCGGACAUUGCCGUGGGGGUCCUGGCCAUCCCCUUUGCCAUAGUGAUAAGCACGGGUUUCUGCUCUAACUUCUACGGCUGCCUGUUCAUUGCCUGCUUCGUGUUGGUGCUGACACAGAGCUCCAUCUUCAGUUUGCUGGCCAUCGCAAUCGACCGCUACAUUGCCAUCAAGAUACCUCUCAGAUACAACAGUUUGGUGACGGGACAGCGUGCACGGGGCAUCAUCGCCAUCUGCUGGUUGCUUUCUAUAAUAAUCGGUCUGACUCCCAUGAUGGGUUGGCACGAGCCUGAAGAGAGCGAGCCCCAUUUACCUCCAGAGCUCCUCUGUCCUCCCGGAUACAUGAACUGCUUCUUUGAGUCUGUGGUUGAUAUGAGCUACAUGGUCUACUUCAAUUUCUUCGGCUGUGUUUUGGUGCCAUUGUUGCUCAUGUUGGGCAUUUACCUGUGCAUCUUCAUGGCAGCGCGGUACCAGCUUAAACUAAUCGAGCUAAAAGUGGUUCAUGGUGAGAAAUCACGCUCUACGCUGCAAAAGGAGGUCCAAGCUGCUAAAUCUCUUGCAAUUAUUGUAGGAUUAUUUGCAGUUUGUUGGCUUCCCUUACACAUAAUCAACUGUUUUACUUUAUUUUGUCCCGAUUGUGACCGGCCACCUGGUUGGAUCUUAUACUUUGCCAUUCUCCUCUCCCAUGGCAACUCUGUGGUCAACCCAUUUAUCUAUGCUUACCGCAUCCGAGAGUUUAGACUAACGUUUCACAAAAUUAUUCACCGUCAUAUCCUGGGUAAAAAGGAGCAAAUUGAGAGCAGAGUUAGCCAUCGCAUGUCCAUUCAUCAUAGCAUCAGUGACUCUAUCAGACUCAAGACAAAUGGACUAAGCUUAGACGUAUUUACAGAACCCAGUAGUAAUGGGAAUAACUGCGAGUGCUUGUAUCAAUGUCAUGGCCCAGUGACACCUCUAGGGGGCGGUCUUGUUUCAGUGGCACACUCGCCUUUGUCCAUCAUCAUCUCUUCCCAUUGUCCUAAAGCCAACAUAUGUUCCAUAAGAAGCGUGAGUCAAAUACAAGUGAAUCAGCUCUUAAAAAACACAGAAGAGCCUGUUUCUGAAAUUACAGAGGACAGGCAAAUGUCAUUUACCCAUAAUGCAUCACUGCUGGAUGUGAAUAGGCAAGACUGACCUGGAGACUGGAUCAUCAUGACAUAUGCAAGAGGGGACAUUUUGAGGACAUUAAGAAACAAUGUUGAAUCAAGACCAAAAUUGUGGUUGAAAGUUUGCAAAAUUCCAUCUUGUUCCUUUUGUGAUUCUCAGAGAAGUGUCGUAUUCAUAGAUGAAUAAUAAUGGUGUCUACUUGGAUGAUACAGGUCUAAGGGAAAACUGCCUUUACCCUGCUUCCUACCAAAAAUUAACCAGAUGUGAUCUAAAAGGAGCUGGACAACAGGACUGGGAGCACUAGAGGAAUUGUUUUAACUUUGUGGACAAACCUUUCAAUGUCAUCGUUGGAGCCUACAAUGAAUUAUUGGAUUUAUAUUUAUGAUUUCAGAUUUGCUCCAGGUACUGGUUUAUGAAACUUCAAACUAUUUUCUAAGAUCACCCUGGCAAAUAUGGUUCAAAUAAUUUUAUGUUGAAAAAUGUACAAAAACUGUUAAAACGUAAUGACGUGAUUACAGAGUUUACUUUCAGGGAUAAAUGUUUUUAUCUGCACAAAUAAACAGUUGUCUCGCACUGUUCACUGCCCACAAAGGCAUC